AGUCCAUGGGAUCCCCAAAAUCCUCAUGAUCACCAUUGCCUUCUCUCUCUCUCUCUCUCUAUCUCUCUCUAAGCCUCACCCUGCAUUCACCACUUGGACUUGGACUCCAAUUCGUCGACUUUGCAUCUUCUUCUUCUGCACAGCCCCUUCUCCAGUUUCAGGGAAAUAGAGACGUGGGGCGGAGCGAAUGGAAAUGGAAGAAAGUGUGUGCGAUACCAAGAGCACCGUCUCAAAAGGGAAGAAGGAUCAUCUUUACCACGUUCUCCAUAAAGUCCCUUGCGGUGAUAGCCCUUAUGUCAGAGCCAAGCAUGCUCAGUUAGUGGAUAAGGACCCGGAAGGAGCAAUAAUAUUGUUUUGGAAGGCAGUAAAUGCGAGGGACAGGGUGGACAGCGCAUUGAAGGACAUGGCUGUGGUGAUGAAGCAACUGAAUAGAGCAGAAGAAGCCAUCGAAGCCAUCAAGUCUUUUAGAAGCCUUUGUUCCAAACAAUCCCAAGAAUCACUUGAUAACGUACUCAUCGAUCUCUACAAGAAAUGUGGAAAAGUUGACGAGCAAAUAGAGCUACUGAAGAGGAAGCUGAAAAUGAUAUACCAAGGCGAGGCCUUCAAUGGUAAACCCACAAAGACAGCACGAUCUCAUGGCAAGAAGUUCCAAGUUUCCAUCAAGCAAGAAACUUCUAGAUUACUGGGAAAUUUGGGUUGGGCCUACAUGCAGAAAAGGAACUACAUGAUGGCCGAGGUUGUAUACAGAAAAGCCCAGAUGAUUGAUCCAGAUUGCAACAAGGCUUGUAACUUGGGCCUAUGUCUCAUGCGGCAGGCUCGAUACGGACAGGCUCAAAUGAUUCUGGACGAAGUAAUUGCAGGCAAAGUUCCAGGGUCAGAAGAUAGCAAGUCGAGGAAACGGGCCAAAGAUCUGCUAGUAGAAUUGAGGACCAAUCUACCGGGCCCACAGUUGUCAGAUAUAUUUGGGCUGGAUGAUGAUUUUAUCAAAGGACUGGAGAGGCUGAUGAGUGAAUGGGGCCUAAUUAGAUCCAAGAGGCUCCCAAUUUUUGAGGAGAUUUCUUCGUUUAGAGAUCAGCUUGCGUGCUGAUCCCCCCAUACUGAUACCCUGUGUAUAAUAUAUGUAGUAUCGUAGGCGCUUUCUGAUUAUUUUUCCUUUAGAUUUGUUCGGAACUAUUUUCCUUUCCUUUCCCCAUCUCAAUGGGUCAAAGCAAUGUGCAAUAAACCUAUUGUUGUAAAAUUCAACAGAUAAAUUAUAUGAAACCGGCCAUAAAUAAUGUUCUCUCAA